AUGGGCAAGUUAACCAGCACAAUCGGCAUCCCGAUCAAGCUUCUGAAUGAAGCUCAGGGCCACGUCGUAACCCUCGAAAUCACCUCGGGGGUGGUCUACCGCGGCAAGCUCCUGGAGGCCGAGGAUAACAUGAACGUCCAACUCAAGGAUAUCACAGUCACCGCGCGCGACGGGCGCGUGUCGCAUCUCGACCAGGUGUACAUCCGCGGCAGCCAUGUCAAGUUCUUCAUCGUCCCGGAUAUGCUCCGGGGGAACAUUGUUCGUGGCAGGACCAGUGAUGACGGGUGUGCUGAUUUCUCCGCUACUAGGAACGCGCCCAUGUUCCGCUCGCGGGGCCAGCGCGGUAGAGGUGUUGGUCUGGCGCGUGGUAAGGCGACGGUGCAGCGGGCUCGGGGCCAGAGACGGGGUUGA